AUGGAGAAAAUGGAAAAAAUUCAACAGAUAAAGAAAGACGCAGAAUUGGCCCUGUACAAAAAUGACGCCCAAUCAGCAUGGAAGCUUUACUCACAAGCACUUUCGCUGUGUGAGGAAUCUGGAUUACAGGAUGAAUAUAAGAGGAUUCUGGGUUACAGAGCAAUGGUAGCAGUAACUGUUCAAAAUCAGGAGGAAGCACUAACUAAUUCCAUAGAGUACAUCGUGAUGGAUGAGCAAAGCGAGGCGGGUUUCUGGUGUGCUGCAACUGCACUGCAAAAGCUUAAGGUUUUUGAUAAGGCGCUAGACAUGCUCAUCAAAGGAUUCAAAAUUGCCGAGGAACCAAGUGCUUUCUUGACAGAGAUUGUUCGAUUUAUAUCCAAACUUAAACCUACAACAGAUAUGCAAGCAUAUUUGAAAGUUUUGGACGGUCAUCCUGACUUGCUUACCAAGCAGAUGAGCAUAGACACACAGAAAAUUGUUAUUCAGAAACUGUGUGAUAUGGAUUGCUGGGAGGGUGUGAGUUUGUUAGUAGUCGGGAUACACUCAGGUCCUAAAAGUGAUUUUGACAAAAUGUUGGCCGAAGGCUCAACUACGAAUGUGCCUGUAGGAAAACUUUUGAAAAAUUCUUCCAGGAAAAAUCUGAGGACCUUUGGUCUGCAGCUUGCGGUUGCUUUACUUGAUAACGGUGCACCAGUGCUGCAACUGGAGCAGGAAAUGGGAAAACCAAUGAUUCACAUUGGACUGAAAAUGUACUUAGAAACAGAUAAAGACACUUUGCUUGAAUGGUUCUUUAAGAGUUCUAUGAAUGAACAAUCACAUCGAGAUACAUGUGAUACAGAAGGAAAUACUGUGUUACACAUCCUUGUUAAAAAUCCAGUAAAAGGAGAAAAACGUAUGGUCAAUAUUUUGAAUUAUUUACUUGAAAACGGAUGUCCCUCAAAGCUUCCAGAUGGGAAUGGGAAACUACCGAUAGAUUAUGUUUCCCCAAAUGAUGCUUAUUAUUCCGUUUUAAUGAAAGCAAAAAUAACACCAGAUGAAGGCAGCUCAAACACCAUUGAAAAUGACGAUGUACAGAGUACUACAGCAAUGGAUGAAUUUGAUAAUUUACUCAAACAGGGAAAUGAAUAUUUAGACCGAAAUGCAUUAAACAAGGCUUUAGAGAUGUUUUUGAAAGCCAAAGAACUUUUACAUAAAGAAUUCUCAAAUGGCGAGAUCAAUCAGGCAACUCUGCAUAACGUCCAAUGUUCGAUUUUAGAAUGCCAACUCAGGAAGGGAAACUUUAAAUCUGCACUUGAGAAUGCUUUACAAAGAUUUGAUAUUGCUGAUGAAUCAUCUAGGUUUCUGUAUUUACUUGGUCGAUCACAUGCUGGGCUGUGUAAUUGGAUUGAAGCCAUUGCUUCAUUUGUUAGCGCUUUACUUCGGUUGCAGGAUGACAACUUAAAGCUCGAACAAAAUAUCAUUAGCCACAUCGCUAAAGCAUGUCCAAAAUAUCUAGAAAUCACGAAAGGUAUUACUUUUUCUCCGUGA